AUCCAUGUGAAGCUAAGUUUUGAACUCCGUGGUAGCGGGGGUAGCAACUAGAUUACCAUCCUCUGAUCCCCAUAUCUAUUCUAUCUAUUGCCCAACUAGAGGAUUCAGGUUAGGCAAUUGAUUUUCUUUGUGGACUCAAUGGCAUUGCACACUCCUUCCAGGUGUUCGUUGGUUGACGAUACCUUUGGACCUUACGCUGGGAAAAAUUGUCGAGGCGGAUUCGACUUCACAUUAUUGUUCGAAGAUGCUUUCCUUUCCAUAGCACCUCUGGCACUUCUGCUUUUGAUAACACCUUUUCGACUUCUUUACCUUUUGAAGAAACCAACAAAGGUUUCCAAGUCCUACCUGCUUCCAGCGAAAUUGCUAUCAUGGUCAUUCCUGGCUGCUUUCGACCUGGCGCUUUUGGUUCUUUGGGCAAAGCGUUCAGGAUUCAAGACGAGGGCGGCGAUACCUUCAGCUGUUAUCAGCCUUGUUGGCGCCUUUGUACUAUGUCUCUUGUCUUACAUGGAACACGUCCGCCAUGUGCGAACAUCUUUCUUACUCAACUUCUAUCUACUCAUCACGCUCUUUCUGGAUGCCGUGCGAUCCCGGAGCUUCUCGAUCAGUAGAGAUUUGGAGAUGAUAUCGGUUCUGUUUACCACUCGAGUGGGUGUCAAAAUCUUCCUUAUCAUUUUUGAGUCAAGGAGUAAGAGAAAUCUUCUGCUACCCGGGUUCUCUCAUUAUCCACCCGAAGCAACAAGUGGAAUGUACAGCAGAGCUCUGUUUUGGUGGCAGAACCCACUGUUCCGUAAAGGAUAUUCCAACGCUUUGCGGUUAGAUGAUCUUUUCCAGCUUGACAAGCAUCUGCAAUCCGACUAUCUCCUAGAUCGAAUACAGUCUGCAUGGGACAAGCUUUCUGAGAAGAAGUCUAGGUCACUCUUCAUGGUCACAUCUGGAAGAAUCAAGUGGUCUAUUUUAGCAGUAGUCCCGCCCCGAAUCUGUCUCAUUGCAUUCAAUUUUUGCCAGCCUUUCUUGAUCAAUCGAGCAAUCUCCUAUUCCGAACAAGAGGACUCACCGCAACAUCGUAACAUUGGAUAUGGCCUUAUUGGCGCGUACGUCUUAGUUUAUGUCGGGAUCGCGAUAUCAACGGGACAAUACCAACACUUUACCUAUCGAUUCAUCACAAUGAUGCGAGGCGGCAUGAUAUCAAUGCUCUACAACAAAGCUACUGAAGUCACAUUGAGUGGCGUUGAUACGGCAUCGUCGCUUACAUUGAUGAGUGCCGAUAUCGAGCGCGUAGUCACUGGAAUGCAGACAGCGCAUGAGCUGUGGUCCAAUACUGCCGAAGUUGUGCUGGCUAUAUAUCUGUUGAGUAUUCAACUCGGAGCUGCAUGUGCAGUGCCUAUUGGAGUUGCUAUCGUAUCAUUGGUGGGUUCGAUCGGGGCAUCCAGCCUCGUCAUGCAGCGUCAAGCUCUGUGGUUGGAAGCAAUCGAAAGGCGAAUUGCAGCAACCACGGCCAUGCUCAGCUCAAUGAAGGGCGUCAAGAUGGGUGGUCUGACUGAUGUCCUUCGUGAUGACCUACACAACCUUCGCAUUCAAGAACUUGAUAUUUCCAAGAAGUUCAGGAAGCUCUUGAUCUGGACCAUGGGCUUUUCCUAUAUCUCUCCAGUAGUGUCGCCGAUUGCGACGUUUGCUGUCUUCUCGGUCAUUGCGCGCAGCAAAGCCGGAGAGUCAACGCUUGAUACAGCCACAGUGUUCACAUCUUUGUCUCUAUUCACACUCUUGACCGAGCCUCUCGGAUCCCUUAUAAUGGCUCUUGCAGCUUAUAUGGGAGCUGUCGGCUCCUUCAGGAGAAUUCAAGAAUUUGUCGAGUCCGAGAGUAAAGUCGAGCGCCGAAAACUACCAAAUAUCCGCAACAGCAUUGGCUCGGCCUCCGAACUUGAAGGCGAUGAAUCUGACAAAGGGUCUAAUGCCUCACAGAAGAGUCGAUUCUCACUUGAAGGCGACCGCAACUUUUCCAGCACUAUGGCUGUCGUGAUCGAGAACGGUUUCUUCGGCUGGGACAAGGAGAAAGAACCCAAGGGAUGCCUGCAGUCGAUCACAACGGCUGUGCCUCGAGCCAAGAUUACCAUGGUCGUGGGCCCUGUAGGUUGCGGUAAAUCGACCCUGCUAAAAGGUAUCCUAGGUGAGUUGCCGGUGAUGGGUGGCACGGUGCAGAUCUCGUCAGUGCGCAUUGCGCUGUGCGACCAGACACCAUGGCAUAUGAAUGGAACAGUACAGCAAAGCAUUGUCGGCACAUCAGAUUUCGACCAACGAUGGUAUGCGUCGGUCGUCCGUAGUUGUGCGCUGGACGAAGAUCUGCGACUAUUGCCACAGGGAGAUCAGACUGAAGUUGGAAGUAAGGGUAUUGCUCUCAGCGGAGGGCAAAGUCAGCGUAUUGCACUUGCUCGAGCAGUAUAUGCUCAAAAGGACAUUAUCAUCUUGGACGAUUGCCUCAGUGGCCUCGAUACCCAAACCGAAAAUCGAGUUUGGCAUUCCCUUUUCGGAAGAGAAGGUAUACUUCGAAGGUGCAGGACAACAGUCCUCAUUGCUUCAUCGUCUGCCAAACGCUUGCCGUAUUGUGACCACAUCGUCGCCUUGAGCAGCGACGGUUCUAUCGCAGAGCAGGGUACCUACGACAAGCUCAACCGAUCCGGUGGAUACGUGUCCAGCUUCGACCUCCCACCUCCUGACUGGGACUUUUCUCCCUCCAAGCAUCUCUACGAGGCGCCUCCAAAAUAUACCGAGCGCGCAAACUCGGCAAAGAUCACCGAGGAUGAUAUACAAGCUGAGGCGAAUCGACGCACUGGUGAUGCGGCGAUUUAUCUCUUCUACGUACGCUCCGUAGGCUGGGUUCCCACAAUCAUCUUCAUUGUUUCCAUCACAAUCUUCAUCUUCGGGCAACUCUUCCCCACCUGGUGGGUCAAAGAAUGGGCUGCGUACAAUGCGACACAUCCCAAUCAAAACCUUGGUUUCUACCUUGGUAUCUACGGUAUGCUAGGAGGUGUCGCACUUUUGUUUUUGAUCAUCAGUUGUUGGCAAUUGAUUAUUACCAUGGUUCCCCGAUCUGGUGUCAACUUCCACUGGAAACUCCUCACUACUGUGCUGGGGUCACCAAUGUCCUUCUUUGCAUCGACUGAUACCGGUGUAACACUCAAUAGGUUCAGCCAAGAUUUGCAGCUCAUCGAUAUGGAACUUCCGGUUGCGGCUUUGAACACGUUUGCCACUUUCGUUAUGUGUAUUGGGCAAAUGGCUCUCAUCGCCGCGUCCUCACCUUACGCAGCAAUCUCGUUCCCGAUUGUGGCCGCCAGUCUCUUCACUAUCCAGAAGUUCUACCUCCGUACUUCUCGCCAACUCAGAUUCCUUGAUCUCGAGGCAAAGUCACCUCUAUACUCUGCUUUCAACGAGAUGCUAGACGGUCUGGCUACAAUCCGCGCCUUUGGCUGGCAAGACUUCUUGGUCGAGAAGGCGAAAGCCUUGCUUGAUCGUAGCCAACGCCCCUUCUACCUUCUCUUUGCCGUCCAGCGCUGGCUUACAUUAGUCCUGGAUUUGAUUGUUGCGGCCGUCGCGACCUUAUUGAUCGUUCUAGUUGUCACUCUCCAUGGCAAGAUUGACCCUGGAUACGUUGGUGUCGCUCUCUUGAACGUCAUUCUGUUCUCGCAGAGCGUCAAGCUCUUGAUCUCCUUCUGGGCUCAACUUGAGACACACAUCGGUAGUGUCGCAAGGAUCAAAACCUUCACCACCGAUGCAAUCAGCGAGAAUCUCGAGGGGGAGGACCAAAUGCCUCCGCCCAACUGGCCGGGUGACGGCAAGAUUGAGUUCAGAGACAUCACGGCCUGUUAUCGACCCCAUGAGCCAGUCAUCGAGAAGCUAUCUCUUACGAUCGCACCUGGAGAAAAGGUCGCUAUCGUGGGCCGCACUGGAAGUGGUAAAUCCUCUUUGGUUGCAACACUUUUCCGAAUGUUAGACCUGUCGCAUGGUAGCAUUCUUAUUGACAAUCUACCACUACACCGCAUUCCUCGACAGGCCAUUCGCAGCCGUCUCGUCGGCCUACCCCAGGAUGCCUAUCUUCUGCCAGGCUCCGUUCGCCUUAAUGCAGACCCCUUGAAGCUCAGCAAUGACAAAGCCAUCAUGCAGGCGCUCAAGGAUGUACAACUGUGGGACAUUGUCGUCAGCAAGGGUGAUGAGAACAAAUAUGCUCAUCCUCUAGACGUACUAGUGGAGGAUCUCCAUUUCUCCCAUGGCCAGAGGCAACUGUUCUGCCUUGCCAGAGCAAUGCUCAGGAAAGAGAAGGGCAGUGUUGUCGUCCUCGAUGAGGCUACUAGCAGCCUCGACCACGCAUCUGAUACUCACGUUCAGAAAUUGCUUCGGUCAACCUUUGCGUCGCACACCAUUAUUGCAGUGGCGCACAAGCUUGACACCAUCCUCGACUUUGACAAAGUAGUCGUGAUGAACCAGGGCUCUCUCGUCGAGUACGGCAAGCCUUAUAAGCUGCUCGAACAAGAGGGCAGCUGGUUCAAGUCACUGUAUGAAGAUGUCUCCCGGCAUGAAGGGGUGGGCCAAGAUGAUGAUGUUAUCCAAAUUGCACAGUGAGGGCCGGGAUGAUUGAGCAUUUUCUAGCAUUAACAAACUCUGUUAUAUUAGGGAGCUUGGAGACUCUCCAAGUGGUUCUCAUUGUCUGGUUCACUCAUAGUUGGUAUCUUGUAUGUUUCAUAAGCAAAAAUAGUUUGUUUUGAUGUUCUGUACACGAUCAUAUGGGGUGUUUGAGGCCUUGGCUAAGGCCGAACACAGUUCCACUCACUUCAUGGGCUGGGCGGGCGUAUGAACGCAUCUUUUGCCUGUACAUACAUAAGACUUACGACUCCGAGUGGAGUCGAGUCUUCUCUACUAG